AUGCAGGCGCUGCGCUUGGCUGUGGUUGCGGUCCCCAUGGGUUUGCUGCUGUCCCGGACAAUGGCGUGGAUGUCCAGCGGCAGAACUCACACAGAACUCGUGAGCCGACUGAGAGAUCAUGGUGUGAUCAGACAUGACAGAGUUUUUGAAGCUAUGCUUGCAACAGACAGAGGGCUGUACACCAGAGAUUAUCCCUAUGCUGAUUCUCCACAGUCUAUAGGCUACAGAGCUACCAUCAGUGCUCCACACAUGCACGCUCAUGCUCUUGAAAUACUACACGACAAACUCACUGAUGGAGCAACCGCUUUAGAUGUGGGUUCUGGAAGUGGUUAUCUUACUGCCUGCUUUGCACGGAUGAUGGGUCCAACAGGUCGAGUGGUGGGUAUUGAGCACAUUGAUGAACUUGUAAAAAUGUCUGUUAGAAAUGUGCAAGCAGAUGAUCCGGAGCUUAUUUCCUCUGGCCGUAUCAGAUUUGUUGUUGGAGAUGGGAGGCUGGGUCACUCAGAAGGGGCCCCCUAUGAUGCCAUCCAUGUUGGAGCAGCUGCAGCGACUCUUCCCAAGGCGCUACUGGAGCAGCUGAAACCAGGUGGCAGGCUGGUCCUUCCAGUCGGUCCAGACGGUGGCAGUCAAGUCUUAGAACAGUAUGAUCGACAGAGUGAUGGCACCUUCCUGAAGACGGCUUUAAUGGGAGUGAUGUAUGUCCCGCUCACUGACAAGAGGCAUCAGUUUCCUGGUGGAGAGCUCUGA